AUGCUGCUGCAAUCUUCGCUUGUACGUUCUUUGGAAAGCUCUGCCGUCCGUCGGAGCUCAAUUUUGCGAUGCCAGUCCACAUGGGUGGCACCAAACAAUCGUUCUAGAAACUUGAGUUGGAAGCCACGCCGACCAGUGGUGAAUGGUAAGAGUGUGGCCUUUCAUGUGAACGAUUUAAAGCCGAACAACUAUUCAUCGAAAUCCAAGAUUUCCACUGAAGCAACGAAAGCAACUAGAAGAAAGAAGCGAGAAUAUGACUCGGACAUGGUCGUCGUGUUGGACUUGGACGAGUGUUUGAUUCACUCGCAGUUUAUGCAAGGUCCUGGUGCGAGGUACGCCCACCAAGUACGACAAACGAGGGGUUGGAAGGAAGAAGAUCCAUCCUCUCAAGUAGAUACCUUUGAGAUCUUUCUUCCGGGUGGUGAGAGUGCCAGGGUUCACGAACGACCCUUUUUGCACGACUUUUUACAAGCAGUCUCGGAAAAAUACGAAACACAUUUAUUCACAGCUGCCAUGGAAGUCUACGCCACUCCAAUCAUUAAGCGAUUGGAUCCCCAUGGAACCAUUUUUGCCGAUUGCUGGUACCGAGACUCCUGCGUCAUGGACCCUGCGUUGGGGGCAUAUGUCAAGGACCUCGAGUUUGCCUGGGGUGGUGAGCAAUUGAAGCGCACCGUCCUGGUGGAUAACAACCCACUGAGCUUUUUGGCCAACCCGGAAAAUGGAAUCUUGGUAUCCAGUUUUUUCACGGAUCCAAACGACAAGACACUGCUUGCGGUCCAGGAUUUGCUUCACAAUCUGGACGAGGAAGAAGAUGUCCGGCCAGUCUUGGAUACUAGGUUUGGACUUCGAGACUCCUUCCAGAAACUAGACACUGGCGGCUCUUUUGCUGGGCGUCAAUUUCAGAUUGACGCGCAGCAAGAAAAAGAAGAACUAGAAGCAGCUCAAGAGCACGAUGAUGAAAUGAUGAUCCGACCUGUUGCGGCUGCGGGUUUCUCGAGCUGA